UGCGCCCGCGUCCUCCCAUCGCGUCCAUGGCUCCCUCCGGCGACUACUCCUCCAGAGGCUCGGCCGUCGUCACCGCAGCCAAGCUCCGCAACAAGGCCCUCGCUGCCGCCAAGACGCUGGAAGAUGAGGCCGCCUCCCUAUGCUUCUCCAACACCGAGCGCAGCGCAUAGCUCCAGACCGAGGAUGACCUCCUCAAGUCCGCCGCCGCCACCCAGGAGCGCGUUCACAUCACCGCUGCCGCCCUCGAGCAGGAGCGAGCGCAGGCCGACACCCUGGAACAGCAGGCUACUGCCCUCAGGGACCGCCUUCGCGCUGAGUCUCUCUGCGACGAUGACUCCCGCAACGACGACGCCGCUCCAUCGUCUGCUGUCGCUCAUCUACACAGCCAAGCUGCUGCCAUCCAGAACAUCAAGAACCUGAUCCCAAUCAUUCUUGAUCUCCAGUCAUCCAACUACAGCAAGUGGCGCGGCUAUGUCCUCCUCAUCCUUGGUUGAUUCGAGUUGAAGGACCACGUCCUCAGCGACACCUCUCGCUUCCACGACCUGGCAUGGUCCCGGAUGGACUAUGUUGUCAUCUCCUGGCUCUUCAACACCAUCUCCCCGGACCUUCCGGAUGUCAUCCACGAGUGCGACGGCAUCUCCCCCCGAGCAGCAUGGCUCCGCAUUGAACAGCAGUUCCUCAACAACAGUGAGUCCCGCGCCAUGCUUCUUGAUGAUGAGUUUCGCACCCUCUCCCAGGGUGCUCUCUCCAUCGACGAUUACUGCCGCAAGAUGAAGGGCAUGACUAAUGCACUGGCUGACUUGGGCGAGCCUGUUCAUGACUGUACUCUGGUGCUGAACAUACUACAAGGCCUCAACGAACGCUUCCAGUUCAUGGCGCAGUUCAUCACGCGCCAGAAGUCAUUCCCCUCCUUCAUGGACGUCUGUGUCGACCUGCGCCUUGCCGAGCUGAACAUGGCACCCCCUUAUACACCUCCAUCGGCGCUCGUCACUUCUACGUUCAGCAAGCCGCCUGCAUCACAGCCAGCCUCCUGGACUGCACCCUCGUGUCCUCCAUAGAACACCAGGGGGGCUCGGCUGGCAGUGAUCGUGGCCGGCGUCGUCGUGGCGGCCGUGGCUAAGGCGGCUCGAACAGCGGCUCACCUGGUGGUUCCCAGUGGCCCUCCAUCUUUAACCCGUGGACCGGGUCCAUCUACAUGUGGCCUAGGUCCAUGCCUGGUGGCCCUCACGGCCCUCCACAUCGCCUCGGCUCUUCACAGCACGUGCAGCAGCACACAUUAGCAGCCGGCGUGCCUUCAGGAUACUACCACCAGGUGCCCCGUCAGGCGCCUCCUCCUGCCUGGACGCCUACAGCACACCCGACGCCCCCUGCAUGGUCCCCUUGUGACCCUCAGUCCCUCGCCAACGCCUUCAGCACCGUCACCCUCACCCCGCCACCGAACUCAUCGGACUGGGUAAUCGACUCAGGUGCUUCGUCUCACAUUGUCUCCAACCCUGGUAUGAUCACCACAUCUCCAUCCUCCUCCUUUCCUUCCUCCAUUGUUGUGGGAAAUGGUGCCACUCUCUCAGUUGUUGGCACUAGAUACUCUACUCUUCCUGGCCUUUUCCAUCUCAACAAUGUCCUUAUAGCUCCCGACAAUAUUAAAAAUCUCCUUUCUGUUCGCAAAUUCAAAAUAGAAAGGGUUUCCUUUUGUACAAAAGUUAAUGAACUAAGUGUGUGUUUGUGUAUAUAUAAGUAAAGACUUCUUCACAAUCGUUUGUUUGUUUGACACCACAUGCACACACUCCCUUCUAUCAUCUAAGUGCAUCUAUGACUUAUGGCACAUACCAAAUUCUCCUCGCCCGCCAGCCACGAAACACCCAAUCUUCACAUGCUAUAUAUGAAUCCAGCAAUGUCCCCACGUGUUGUUAUCAUUGUAAAUGCAAGUAAAUUCAAUAGAGGGAUGCGAGGAGGCUAUGUGUCAAUCAAAACAAUGGAGGUGGAAAUAUGAAAAAAAAAACAUGAUGGAGAGGAGGAGCAAAAUCAAAGGGAGGUUAUUGUAUUCCCUUUUCUUUUAACAAAGCAAAUUGGCCUAGUAGAAAUUUCAACUUCUAUGACAAAUUGUUUGGUUAACACUAGUAGAAAUUUCAACUUCUAUGACAAAGGAAGGUUAUUGUA